GCGCGCAGGCGGGGGGUGGCUGCCUUAUGGAUUUGUUCAAGGCUGGGAGUGAACACAUGGGUGGUGGUGAUUGUUGUUGUUGUUGCGUUUCUUUGGCCCACGGCGGCUCUCAGACUCGCCUGCCGGGGUUAUGGAUUCAAUCAUUAUUCAGGAGCUGUUAGCGGAGCGGCUGCUUUCUCCCCGGACGCAGGCCCAGAGAAGCCACCCGGUCAAGCUGAAGGACCACGAGAAGCAGUAUGUGGGAUUCGCCACCCUGCCGAACCAGGUGCACCGGAAAUCCGUGAAGAAGGGCUUCGACUUCACCUUGAUGGUAGCCGGAGAGUCGGGCCUGGGGAAAUCCACCUUGGUGAAUAGCCUGUUCCUGACGGAUCUUUACAAAGACAGGAAGCUUCUCAAUGCAGAGGAGCGAAUCAGCCAAACGGUGGAGAUCCUGAAACACACCGUGGACAUCGAGGAGAAGGGCGUCAAGCUGAAGCUGACGAUAGUCGACACCCCGGGCUUUGGAGAUGCUGUUAACAACACUGAGUGCUGGAAGCCCAUCACCGAUUACAUCGACCAGCAGUUCGAACAGUAUUUCCGCGAUGAGAGCGGCCUGAACCGGAAGAACAUCCAGGACAACCGAGUGCACUGCUGCCUCUACUUCAUCUCGCCCUUCGGACACGGGCUGAGGCCGGUGGACGUCGAGUUCAUGAAGGCUCUGCACGAGAAGGUGAACAUCGUGCCCCUGAUCGCCAAGGCCGACUGCCUGAUCCCCAGUGAGAUCCGGAAGCUAAAGGAGAGGAUCCGGGAAGAGAUCGACAAGUUUGGGAUUAAAGUUUACCAGUUCCCAGACUGCGACUCUGAUGAAGAUGAGGAAUUCAAACAGCAAGACCGGGAGCUGAAGGAGAGCGCUCCCUUCGCCGUCAUCGGCAGCAACACGGUAGUGGAGGCCAAAGGCCAGAGAGUGCGUGGGCGGCUGUACCCGUGGGGCAUUGUGGAAGUGGAAAACCAGGCACACUGUGAUUUCGUGAAGCUGCGGAACAUGCUGAUCCGGACGCACAUGCACGACCUGAAGGAUGUCACCUGUGAUGUUCACUAUGAGAACUACAGAGCUCAGUGCAUCCAGCAGAUGACCAGUAAACUGACUCAGGACAACAGGAUAGAAAGCCCCAUCCCUAUCCUGCCCCUCCCGACGCCUGAUGCUGAAACGGAGAAGCUGAUCAAAAUGAAGGAUGAAGAGUUGCGGAGGAUGCAGGAGAUGCUGCAGAAGAUGCAGCAGCAGAUGCAGGACCAGUGAGAGUCAGGAGGAUGGAGGGCAAAGGGAAUCCCUGGCGACCUUCCGGGGCCCAGCUUGAGAAGUGGCCGUUGUAGGAAGAAGUUCCCCGUUGCGUAGAGACUUGUGGGCGAGAGCUGCGCCCCCCCACCCCCUAAUUUAUUAGCAGUGACACUGGCUUUCCUGUCAGCUGGAGUGCGGAAGAGGCUCUUCACUUAGCAAUUUACUGGUGUGUUUUUCUUUUGUUUCUUUUAAGCCUGGGAAGUGUCUAAGGCAUUUUUAGAACCGUUCCAACUUCCAGAUGUAUUCAGCCCUGGCUAGGGAAUGCGCCGCUGUUCCAAGUCACGGUUUCUAUGGUGUACGAACUUGAAGACUGUAAAUGCACGUAAAUGUUUACUCCCAACCAAGGUGCUGGGACCCUCCCCCCCAACCCUCCUGGGCCAGGGCAGGCACUUAGAAGGACAAACAUCCCUUUGAACCAAGAGCUCGUGAGUUGGACCCAGUCAGCCACCCCUCUCCCCCUGGGGGUUCCAGGCCACCCCGCUGCUCUGCAUGGGAGAGCAGCAGGGUAGGGGGGGUGGAGUUGAUCAUGGGACACUGGCCUGUGGGGGUAUUUUUAAGGUGCCUGAACAUUCCUGCCUGAUUUUCCUAUAGAGAAACUCCAGGAUCUUUUGCACUGAGAGGGGAGAGAUCAGCCCCACCCACUAGGUUAGAAGAUAUCAACGACCGGUCCCUGAGAUCUCCGCGACACAGCUUAGGAAGGCAGCGAGCUGGCUCCUGGAAUCAAACAGGUUGAGAAACUCUGGUUUAGAGCACAGUGGUGAGGAUGUGGCGCUCGGCGCUGGGAGAUCCCGGCUUGCAGAGAUGAGGAAUAUUGGAGCAGCCCAUGAGGUGCCAACAUCUUCCCAGCCAGCCAUGCCCCUGCUUUGGCCAAACCACACUGUGGCUCUGAGUCUCCGGCAGAACUAGGGAGCAGUUAGCAGGAAGCUUGGUGGCUUUUCCUUCGCUUCCUGCUGUCUUUGGGGUGAGGGAGGGGGUAGCCCCCGCCAUCCAGCCUGUGCAUAGCCCUUGGGCUCACUUGGAAAGGUGACGUGCCGGGCAGAGGGACCAAAGAGCCGAGGGCAGUGUCCCAGUUUGUACCUGACCAGGGGAAGCCUCGGGGCAGGAGACGGACCCUAAAGAUGUAGCUUUCCUCAUCCCUGAGCGUUCGCAGCCUUGCUGGUCCCUGAGGGGAAACAGGACAUUUUUCCUUUGCACCGUUCUCGCUGUGCACACAGGGGGGCUGAAAGGCUUCGAUCGGGGCAGAGGAGGCAAGACAGGCUAUGUACAGGGCCGGCCUUAUGAAAAAUGGCACCCUGGGCUGCCCUUCCCCGCCUCACUCACGGCUGCACAGGGAGGAGUUUCUGAGCCUGGGGGCUCCCCUGGCCAUACAUUCCCUGACCACCGGGAAGGGGGGACCCAGGGGCGAGCCCUGCCUGCACCUCCCUGCCAGGCUGGCAGCUCCAGGCGGCAUCAUCUGCCCCCCGCCCGGCUGGCCAGGGGUUCCUGCCCUGAGCUGGCCUGCAUUCACUCCUGCUCCAGCAUCCCAGGCCUGCCAUCUUGUGGCCCUUGGAUGGCGCCUCCCUGGGCAGUCGCCCAUGUCUCCCACCUGUGAGGCCGGUCCUGGCUGCGUAGGGAGCAGGUUGGGGCUGAACAGGUUGUGGGCAGCAAGGGAGCAUUUGAGUCCCUGGGAGGAGGCAUAGUACAGCCCAGCUCCGCUGGCUUUGCACUGCCCCCUCCCUUCCCUUUCACACAGGACUCCACCCAACAGCCUCGCUGGGCAGUAGCUGUAGGCUUCCCCCGUUUCCCGCUCCUGCUCCCAGCCAUUGGGACCGGCGUGGUUGAGUUCCAGCGCAGGGCAAGCUGGCGGGAUCUGGUGGCCGAGAUACGAGGGCUGUGUCUGCAGCAGCCGCUGUCAUUUGCCAGGUUAUUUUUAACCAAGCACAGUAAGGAGCAGCCAGAAGUGUGGCCUGUCUGAUAGUAAUGCCAGCGGCCGGCCAGGGAAAAUGGGCCCUGAGUCUAACUGGGUCUUCCCUUAGACUCCUUGGAGUGCUGGCAAGGAGCUGAUUGCCUGAUGCACAUGGGGGUGGGUCCUUUCUGCCCAGCCCCUGUUCCCACUCUGUGUCCUGUGGGUGCCCAUUUACCUGUGGCUUUGUGUUGUCCAGCUCUGACUCCUCGAUGGCCGGCUCUUGGUGUGACACGCGGUGUUGGCUGGGUCUGGUUAAGUGCCAGGGCUGCUUCUGCUAGCAGUGUGUCGUGCUGGCUUUUCUCAGCAGGGCCCUGAGCUCUUGGCCUGUUGGUGAGUAGCUGGGGCGGUGCCUGUUAUUCACAGGCAAGCCUCUUUUGUCUCGGGUAGGUGCAGGAGAGACGGGACAGAUCUCGGAAAUAACGAGGAGAGGCUAAGCUAACGAAGGGCAGCGGUGCCUCUUGGACAGGUGUCUAAGCUAGGCCAGCGCAAACUGAACCUCUGAGCUUUGGCUCGUUUAAGAGGCCUCUCUUGCUGCCCCAAUGAAGUGCAGAGCUUUGCAGUGUGUCUGGGGGACAAACUCAGGCCAGAAGAGCAAUGUCAUCAUCUCCCCAGCUCCUUUGUCCUGUCCCGUCCCCCCUGUGCGAAGCAUGUAAGAGAUGCCAUGCCAGGAUAGACUGAGGGGCCAUUUACUCCUGUCUCCAGCUCUGUCCAAUGCCAGAUGCUUAAAGGGAAAGUGUGAGCCGCCUCGCCAUAAUGCACUGCUUGUGUGGUAUUGUAGCCUGAGGGGACAGCUUCUUCCAGGCAUAGGCUGGUGAUCAGCUACUAUCCUGACGCAUGAGGAUUGCUAACUUGUGUCAGUUUUAUUCAUGCUAGUGUAACUGCAAAUGCUGUUUCUGUUCAUUGAAGCGUCUGUUCCCUUUUUGUAAAGCUUCAUAAGUUCCUUGCUUCUGCAUUAUCUUGAGGCAGUGAAUUCCACAAGUUAACAAUCUGUUGCAGGUAAGGUGGUAACAUUUCCAGACCAGCUAAGGGAGCCUCUGUGUCCAGCAUGUUUUGGCCCAAGAAGAGGUAGAGGAGAUCAUCUUCCCUUUAGCAUUAGAUGGCAGCUUGGUUGAGUGCAGCCGGCAGCUGUACUGGUGGCUGAGUUCACAAGCAAGGCAUUGAAACAGGGCAAGGCUGUGGGUCUGAGGCAUUUGGCAGGACAGGGCACCUGCAGCCAGAAUUGCUGACUAAGAAAUCUGCCCCCUUUCCCGGUGAGGACAUCUCCAUCAACUCAGUGCAAACUUCUGCUAAAUCAGACCCAUUCCACACACAGCCGAACUCCUCAGCCAUGGGUAGGGGUAGUGUGGAGUCAGAGAGAGAGAAGCACCUUCUGCCAAGGCAGCUAGAGCUGCAGCUUCUCCAGAGGUGAAGUAGGACCACGGAGACCCACCAGCAAAGAAGACAGCAGGUUUCCUUCCUCUUGGGAGGCUGGGAGGAGGGUUAGCUGCCUGGAAAGACAUUGGAAAUGGAGGUGACCCCUGGAAUGCUCUAGAGAUCUGCCCUCUGCCUGCGUGUUCUCAGCAUGGAGUCUCCCCCUGUUGAAUUGAGCCGCACUCUGACUGGUAGAGGCGUUCCUGGGUAAGCAUGGCUGGCGGUUCCUCCUGUGGCUAGGGAGGCUGGAGCCCCCUCUGGCAGUGAAGGAAGUAGAGAGUAUGGCUAGGAUGCUCCUUCCCCCUAACGCACCCCUACACACACACACCCACACACACACCCCUGCAUCGUAAGCCUUUGCCAAUUUUUUGCACUUCUUAGCAACUCCAGGAGCUGAGUCCGGCUCCACUGAAUUCUCAGGCGCUGUCGCUGUGCUGGGGGUUGUGGGUACCACGUCUCAAACCGUGUGCCUGAUUGGGGAGGUGGUUGUGGAUGAACCCGUUUGUGUGCCAUUGGCUCUGCCAGCACUCGCUGACCUCCCGCAUGCCUUGUCCUGCAUCCUGUUCCUUGGGGGGGAAAUUCCAUUCUUCACGCAGUGCGACAGCUUUCCCCGCUCCCUCAUGCACACAGCCACCCCGGUAACCCUGGCUUGCUCGUGACCACGUGAUUUGCGCAUCCCCUCGCUCUGUUCCUAGGCACUUCCUUUCCCCGUUGUCAGUUUGGUUGGGGUUUUUUUGUACAUUACUGUUGAGUACUUUGUCAUUGUGAACGAGAGAAACCAACUCUUUGGAAACGUAUCCAUUUUAUUAAAAUGAUGAUGGCUAUUAUUAUUAUUAUUAAUAAUGUUUACUAUCUGAACUGGUCAGUGAAAUAAAUACAUGAAAAAACCGACAAGA